UAAGCAACGUGGUACGUUGAUUUCAUUGUCACCAAGGUCGCAUUAUGAAUAUCACAUCUCUACCGGAGGAAAUGCUGCGUGAGAUAUUUUCCAUUCUCCCGUUCAGGGAUCUGCUGCAUUGUUCGUUGAUCUGCGUACAGUGGCAUCGUAUUGCCGAACCACUAAUUUAUCGCAGGGCCUGCGUACGGAUAGGCCUCGACAUGGUGGGCCAGGACCAAACUUUCUGGGAAGCUGCCCGGCAGUACCAUACCGUCAUCGUCGACAAUCCACCGUGCUCGCGGCGAUCGUUAGUUAAUCUGUUGAUGCUUCCUUGCAUGGUGAUUUUCAAGCCCAAAGAAAUUAUCCUGCGUAACUUUGUCGAAGAAAGUUUGCAUAAGUUUUGCAGACAUGGCCACCGAUUAUUUGAACAAGCCGAGAGUGUUUGCGUCGAGUUGAACGAUAUCAGACACAACUAUCCACAUGAAGAUGCCGAGGAGUUCAUUUUCAGCUAUCCGGCUAUGAAGCAUCUGGUUUGGGAUCAGUAUUUGCUUGCAAACGGGCGAAAUACUAUGAUAGUUGAUGCACCGCUUCUACAAACCGCUGUCGUGGAUGAUUCUGUUGAUACCAAUACGUCUAAAUUGCAUAUAAUUAGAUGCGAACAGUUGCAACAUGUAAGGUGCAGACUGCGUUCAAAAUCAUUUGAACACAUUUUUUGCAGCUCCUUCCAAAGACUACACACAUUGUGCUUGGACGUUCACAAUCAUUUAUGCAUAAUCCUACCUAAUGAAUUACCAGGCUUAAAAUGGUUAGAGCUUUCAGUAAAUAGAGACUUUACUCCAAGUGAAAUUGAGAACAUUUUUAUGUAUUCGAAACUUAUUGGAUUGAAAUUAGUACAAUUGCACUCUGAGACUCAACAUCCAAUUAAUUUGAACCAUAUGUUCUUUAAAUUACCGGAAAUUGAAUCAGUAGAGUUGUCCGGACUAUACUUAGACGCUCACAAUACAAUCGAUGCUCAUAAUAUGAAAUUGCUGAAGAUGAAGAAUAUAAAACUGGUAUUACCGUUACUAACGUUUAGUGCCCCAAAGCUGGAAGUUUUAUCCGUUUGCGAAAACAAUUUAAUCACUCUAUCGAUUGUAUCUAAUGAAAAACUACUUAAAAAACUAUUUGUGGAGGUAAAUGAUCGCGACUGGAAAAAAGUAACGAGUAUGCAACUGCAACCGUUUCUUCAAAUGCAAGACAGCAUUGAUGAACUAACAUUAGUGAGAUCAAACAAGGGCAUCUUGUGCGAUUCAGCAUUUUUUGAUCAGCCAUUAAAAAUUGACUAUUUGAAACUACAUGGGUUCGACAUAAGUUGUGAUUUUGUGGAAAAUGCGCAACACUGGCGACAUCUGAAGCGCCUCAUACUGAGUGAUUGUUGCAUAGUUUGCAGAUGCAAAACGAACCAGUGCACAAGACUGAAUGAUUUUGAAGGCAGACUAACGCAGUCUACAGAUGUACCAGAUGUCGUUGUUAGGAGAUCCCACAAGAAAUCAUGUAAACAUAUCUUUGGGAAGAAUAGUAUUAAUCCCUUAUAGUACAGUAGUAGGAAACUUUUUUAAUGUAAACUCAUUUCAGAAUAAAGCUUUUUUUGACUUGAUUUGCGGUUUUGAUGGGCCAUAGCUCCUCCUUGAUGAUUCUACGCCGGAUGAAGUAUCCUUCUUCAUUGGACUCGAUCUUGGGCCAAUCGCUUCCAGUCACCCUGAACGUUUAGCGCCAUCAGGCCCUCUUUAACUGCAAAAAGCCAUCGUAUUUCCUCGAAGCCUGCGGCCUUUUUCGGGACGAAAAGGUCGAAGGGACAAAAGGUCGAAAGGACAAAAGAUCGAACGGACAAAAGGUCGAAAUUGCAAAAUUGAUUAAAAUUAAAAAGCCAUAGUCUUGAGAACAAUACAAAACAAAACUAUGAUUUA